AGUCUUCCCUCUGCGGGGCGGGCCGGAGGAGUGGGCGGGAUUUCCCGGGUAACAGAGAAGCGGCCGCGGCGGUAGAGGCGGCGGAGACGGUUUCUCCAUCUUCCCCCCCUCCCCUUUCCCCCUUGGAGUUUCCCUCCCUCCCUCCCUCCCUCCCUCUUCCCCAGGCUCGGCACCGGGGCCUGUGAUCGCUUGGUUAGUGGAGAGGAGGCUGCCAGCCCGCUUCGGCGGGCCUGUGCCCCGCGCUGUUCUUAGGGCCUCCCAGCUGAGCCCGAGGCUUACGCCGUGAGGGACACGCAGUGACUUGCGGCUGAAGCAGCUUUGCGGUUUCGUAGUGCAUCCCUGAGCAUGAGCGCAGAAUGAAGCGGCGUUUGGAUGAGCAGGAGUCACCGGUAUAUACGGCCCAGCAACGUCGGCUUCCUGGCAGCACAGAGGCUUUUCCUCAUCAGCACCGCGUGCUUGCCCCUGCCCCUCCUGUGUAUGAAGCAGUGUCUGACAACAUGCAGUCAGCCACAGGGAUUCAGUACUCUGUGACACCCAGCUAUCAGGUUUCGGCUGUACCACAGAGCUCCGGCAGUCAUGGGCCCACCAUAGCAGCAGUUCACAGCAGCCAUCAUCACGCCACAGCUGUGCAGCCCCAUGGUGGCCAGGUGGUCCAAAGUCAUGCUCAUCCCACCCCACCUGUUGCACCAGUGCAAGGACAGCAGCAGUUUCAGAGGCUCAAGGUGGAGGAUGCGUUAUCCUAUCUUGACCAGGUGAAGCUGCAAUUUGGUAGUCAGCCUCAGGUCUAUAAUGAUUUCCUCGACAUCAUGAAGGAAUUUAAAUCUCAGAGCAUUGACACUCCGGGAGUGAUCAGUCGGGUGUCCCAGCUAUUCAAAGGCCAUCCUGACCUGAUCAUGGGCUUCAACACGUUCUUGCCCCCUGGCUACAAAAUUGAGGUGCAAACCAAUGACAUGGUGAAUGUCACAACUCCUGGCCAGGUUCAUCAGAUCCCCACCCAUGGCAUCCAGCCUCAGCCUCAGCCACCAUCCCAACAUCCUUCCCAGCCUUCAGCCCAGUCAGCCCCAGCUCCUGCUCAGCCUGCUCCUCAGCCCCCACCUGCAAAAGUCAGCAAGCCUUCCCAACUACAAGCACAUACUCCAGCCAGUCAGCAGACUCCCCCACUCCCACCAUAUGCAUCGCCACGUUCUCCACCAGUCCAACCUCACACACCAGUGACAAUCUCGUUGGGAACGGCCCCGUCCUUGCAGAACAAUCAGCCUGUGGAGUUUAAUCAUGCCAUCAACUAUGUUAAUAAGAUCAAGAACAGGUUCCAGGGUCAGCCAGAUAUCUAUAAAGCAUUUCUGGAGAUUUUGCACACAUAUCAGAAAGAGCAGCGAAAUGCCAAGGAAGCUGGAGGAAACUACACUCCAGCAUUGACUGAGCAGGAGGUGUAUGCCCAGGUAGCUCGUCUCUUUAAAAAUCAGGAAGAUCUGCUUUCAGAGUUUGGACAGUUCCUACCAGAUGCCAACAGCUCCGUGCUUUUAAGCAAAACAACUGCUGAGAAGGUUGACUCUGUGAGAAAUGACCAUGGAGGCACUGUGAAGAAGCCCCAACUGAACAACAAGCCGCAGAGACCCAGCCAGAACGGCUGCCAGAUCCGCCGGCACUCGGGAACAGGAACUACCCCUCCGGUUAAAAAGAAACCCAAAUUGCUCAAUCUGAAGGACUCCUCUAUUGCAGACGCCAGCAAGCAUGGUGUAGGAACUGAAUCUUUAUUUUUUGAUAAGGUCCGGAAGGCUCUGCGGAGUGCAGAGGCCUAUGAAAACUUCCUGCGCUGUCUUGUUAUCUUUAACCAGGAGGUGAUCUCUCGGGCUGAACUGGUACAGCUAGUCUCUCCCUUCCUUGGGAAAUUCCCGGAACUGUUUAAUUGGUUUAAAAAUUUUUUGGGCUAUAAGGAGUCUGUACAUCUGGAAACCUUUCCAAAGGAACGAGCCACAGAGGGCAUUGCCAUGGAGAUAGAUUAUGCCUCCUGUAAACGGUUGGGCUCCAGCUAUCGAGCCCUACCAAAGAGUUACCAGCAGCCCAAGUGUACAGGACGGACCCCUCUCUGUAAAGAGGUUUUAAAUGAUACUUGGGUAUCCUUCCCUUCAUGGUCUGAAGACUCCACCUUUGUUAGUUCCAAGAAGACACAGUAUGAAGAACAUAUCUAUCGGUGUGAAGAUGAACGCUUUGAGCUUGAUGUAGUUUUAGAGACCAAUCUGGCAACCAUCCGGGUUUUGGAAGCAAUACAGAAGAAACUUUCCCGCUUGUCUGCUGAGGAACAAGCCAAAUUUCGCCUGGACAACACCCUUGGUGGCACAUCAGAAGUCAUCCAUCGAAAAGCACUCCAAAGGAUAUAUGCUGACAAAGCAGCAGACAUCAUUGAUGGCCUGAGGAAGAACCCCUCCAUUGCUGUCCCAAUUGUUCUUAAAAGGUUGAAGAUGAAGGAGGAAGAAUGGCGAGAAGCUCAGAGAGGGUUUAACAAGGUGUGGAGAGAACAAAAUGAGAAAUACUAUUUGAAGUCUCUGGACCAUCAGGGUAUCAACUUUAAACAGAAUGACACCAAGGUCCUGAGGUCUAAGAGCUUACUCAACGAGAUUGAGAGUAUUUAUGAUGAGAGGCAAGAACAAGCUACGGAAGAGAAUGCUGGAGUACCAGUUGGUCCACACCUCUCGCUUGUCUAUGAAGAUAAACAGAUACUGGAAGAUGCUGCUGCUUUGAUUAUCCACCAUGUGAAGAGGCAGACAGGCAUUCAGAAAGAGGACAAGUAUAAAAUCAAGCAAAUCAUGCAUCAUUUCAUUCCAGAUCUGCUCUUUGCUCAAAGAGGUGAUCUUUCAGAUGUGGAGGAAGAGGAGGAAGAAGAAAUGGAUGUCGAUGAAGCCACAGGAGCGGCUAAGAAGCACAAUGGUGUUGGGGGCAGCCCCCCGAAAUCCAAGCUACUUUUUAGUAACACAGCAGCUCAAAAGUUAAAAGGGAUGGAUGAAGUAUACAACCUCUUCUAUGUCAAUAACAACUGGUAUAUUUUUAUGCGACUACACCAGAUUCUUUGCUUGAGGUUGAUGCGAAUUUGUUCCCAAGCUGAACGGCAAAUUGAAGAAGAAAACCGGGAGAGAGUAUGGGAGCAUGAUAUGCCAGGCGUACGACGAGACAAGAGUGACAGCCCUGCCAUCCAGCUUCGUCUCAAAGAACCUAUGGAUGUUGAGGUAGAAGAUUAUUACCCAGCUUUCCUGGACAUGGUGCGGAGCCUGCUGGAUGGCAACAUAGAUUCAUCACAGUAUGAGGAUUCGUUGAGAGAGAUGUUCACCAUUCAUGCCUACAUUGCCUUUACCAUGGACAAACUGAUCCAGAGCAUUGUCAGACAGCUGCAGCACAUUGUGAGUGAUGAGAUCUGUGUGCAGGUGACUGACCUUUACCUGUCAGAAAACAAUAACGGGGCCACUGGAGGCACGCUGAGCACGCAGACGUCCAGGAACCUCCUUGAGUCAGCGUAUCAGAGGAAGGCCGAGCAGCUCAUGUCAGAUGAGAAUUGCUUUAAGCUUAUGUUCAUUCAGAGCCAAGACAAGGUCCAGCUGACCAUUGAGCUUCUGGACACGGAAGAGGAGAACUCCGAUGACCCUGUGGAAGCAGAGCGCUGGUCAGACUAUGUUGAGCGUUACAUGAAUUCCGAUACUACCUCUCCUGAGCUCCGUGAGCAUCUGGCACAGAAACCAGUGUUUCUUCCAAGGAAUCUGCGGCGCAUUCGAAAGUGUCAGCGUGGUCGAGAACAGCAGGAAAAAGAGGGGAAGGAAGGGCCCAGUAAGAAGCCCAUGGAGAACGUUGAUAGCCUGGAUAAGCUGGAGUGUCGGUUCAAAUUGAAUUCCUAUAAGAUGGUCUAUGUGAUCAAGUCGGAGGACUACAUGUAUCGGAGGACCGCCUUGCUCCGUGCCCAUCAGUCCCAUGAGCGGGUAAGCAAGAGGCUACAUCAGAGGUUCCAGGCCUGGGUAGAUAAAUGGACCAAGGAGCAUGUGCCCCGUGAAAUGGCCGCAGAGACCAGCAAAUGGCUCAUGGGUGAGGGGCUGGAGGGCCUGGUGCCCUGUACCACCACCUGUGACACAGAGACCCUGCAUUUUGUGAGCAUUAACAAGUACCGUGUCAAAUACGGCACAGUAUUCAAAGCCCCGUAACUGCAAAGCCAGAGCAGAUAACCUGAGAGGGGAGUGUGUGUGGGCAUGUGUACUCACGCAUACUGGAGAAACAAGGAAGAUGCCUUUCAAGCCUCACUGGGCCUCUCUGGGACAUGGCCACCUGAUCUGUGUGUGGCUGGUGCAACCUGGUACCAAGUGGGCUACAUAUAAGGAAUAUGGAUACUUUACAAAGCCGGAGCUGGAACUUUUCCUAAGGGGUUUUGGCCACCUGCCUGCCCUGGUGGGGAAGGAUGUCCAUGCAAGCACAAAGACAUGUUGCUUGCUUGCACACGCCAGCAGAGUUAAGACUGGAGUCUCCUGUGGCCUGACCUUCAGUGAGGGAACCGAAUGGGAGUGCAUUUACAAAACAGACUGCGGAAGGACUUAAAGCUCAGAUGGAUUGUAACUGUGAUGGUCACUGCUCCAUCCCCUUCCCCCUAAAAGGAAAGACAAAACUGGAUUUUUUAUUUUAUUUUAUUUUAUCCCACUGGUCACUCAAAUCUAGAUCACCUACCCCCCAUUAGGUUUUAUCUGGGACCUGCAGUUUGGCUUUGGGAUUGAUCAUCUUGUGGGUUUGAUUCCUGACGAAUCCUUUGCUGCCCACCCUUUUCUCCCUGGUUCUCCACUUCAACAAGUCCCAGUCAGCCGUCCUUUGUAGCCCCUGUGGGACCGUUUUGUGCCUGCUUCUGUACUGGUCUAUCCUAGUCCGUCCACCAGCUUCACUCUCUGACAUGCACAUACACAAUUUUAACUUUUUUUUUUUUUUUUUUGUAAAUAAUGUACAUACUGUCAAUUUUUUAUUAAAAGAAAUAUGCUUUGAUGUGCUAGCCUAACUGCUCUAGCUUCUUGUGUAUCAUAGUACCAUGUGGCUUCAGAUUUAGUACCUAUAAACAGAUGUACAAGACAUUUAUUACACUUUUUACCAAAGGGAGUUAACCAUUGUAGUACUUUUGUGUAAAACUUGUCUUCUUCCCUCUCACCCUGAACUUUUUUUUUUUUUUUUUGUAAAUAAAUAAAGCUUGGUUCUUACUUAAG